UUUACGCACCAGAGUUCAGCGCGAGAGGAGGAAAACCACAGGACUUAACUUUUUACAAGCGAGUCACAGAUUAACUUCUUUUACCUGGAGCAACAGACUGAUGACGUGUCUCUGCUCAGGCGACGGAUGAGAGGAGCUGUCGACUCACGGAUUCGAUGAUUCUUCAGAGCGAGACCAGAUGUGAUUCGGGUUUUGUUCCACUGUCGCCCACGAACAGCGGACCCUCCAUGAGCUGACCUCUGACCCUCGCACCAUGAACGUCCCUCAGCAGGCAAACCCCCAGUUCCACUACGAGGUCAAUGGCAGAGCUGGAAGAAACUCCAGACCUGGUGAAGAUACCGCUCUGAGCCAGGAGGUGCAGGAGUGCAUCCAGUUCUUCGACGACACCAUCGUCUCCUUGGAGGAGAGCCUCACAGAAGAUUACCGGAAGCCCACGCCAAGGGGCCGCUCAAAUCCUUACCCGGGGGUCACUGUUCCUUCAGUCAUGACCGGACCGCUCAGUCCCAACCAGGACAUUAUAGACCUCGUCCGCCCGGGACCAGACCUGGUGCGGACGAGAGAGCCGGUCUUCAACCCCACCAGUCCAGAUUUCCAGAGUAUUGUGGCACACACUGAAAGCCACUUCGAGAUAAAGCCCUGGCGCGAUCAGAUGGAGAGUUUGCCUUCAGAGUACAACCCCCCCCUACCGAGUGGCAGCUAUGGGUCGACAGACUCCUCCUACCACCCUCCGGGCUGUAUCCCCACUCCUGUCCUUAUCGCGCAGCAGAUGGCAGGGAACCAGGCGCGUGGAAACUCCAACCUCCUUCGCCAUCGCAGCUCUGACUCCGACCAUCCACCGAGUCCCAACUCAGAUCAACCAGGGAAACAGGGUCCUCCUACCUCUGCUAGGCCGUCCCGGUUCCCAGCUAACAUCAGCGUGAUCCUCGGCAACAAGGAGCACCAGAACCAGUCUCUGGCUAACGUGAACAUUCAUGAGAGACGGGCCCAGAUGCUUGCAAACCUCACGGGAACGUCAAAUCCUUUGCUACAGGAAGAUCCUGAGCCGGCCGCGGAGCAGCAGGCUCGAAACACUCCGACCCGCAGCAUUUCCUUCAGGGAUCCUACACCAGGCAUAUCCAGGAUGGAGGCUCUGUCCAAGCUGGGCCUCAACAGGAACCGGGCCAUGUCUGGGGGCACGUCGGAGCUUCCUAACAGCGCCCCACUGGACACUCGCCCAGGUGCCAGUGUUUCCUCAACACCAGGAACCACCGCCAACGCUACAACACCACCUCAGAGCCGCAGUUACACUGACAGAAGAACGGAGAUUCUGCGAACGCCUUCCAUCACGAGCCUGGAAGAAAGACAUUCCCAGCCGAGCCCCUCCCCUCCGGCGGUCACACGUCGCAGUUUCUCUCCAUCUCCUUUAGAAAAUAAAGCAUCUCUCCCCCCCCCACCUGAGGUCACCUCCAACAGCUAUGGAGGGAAAUCCAUCGUGGUCAACCCUUCUGUUUCCAAAGGUGAACCUGUAUCCUCUCCACCUAUCCCUGAUCCCAAAAGCCACCCACCUGCACUGGCUAACCCCAGCGAGUUCAACACCUACGGAGGAAAGACCAAAGUCAUGAGCCCUGCUCAUACGGCCGCGACCAGGAACAACCUUCCCGACAUCCUCAGCUCCCACAUCAACAAGAGUCAAUCAUUGCCUCCCAGAUUAGAGCUGCUGCCCAUUGAGCCCAACAGCUACGGAGGAAAGAGCCGAACCAUCAACCCUUCCUCGGGGUCAAAUCGCCCCUCAGAACCCCCAGCAAGGAGUUUCAAACAUCCAGCGCCGGCCCCGGCCCCGAGGCCCCCCCCGCAGUCCUACCACGGCCCUGCCGCUCAGCAGAAAGCAGCAGCCGCCAUCCCCGAUCACAAGCGAAGACCCAGCUCCUUGUUCCGUCCCCAGGGAAUCACCGUGCAGUUUGCUGGACGGGGAACUUCGGACGAAUCGCGCAAGGAGGCGUUGAGGAAACUGGGGCUGAUGUAAAAAGAAAAUCUUGAUGAACUCGGUUAUUGUUCAGUCUCCACCUGCGGAGCCUGAACCUGCGGGUGGAGGUGGUUUCCUUUAAGUUUCUCCAUGUGUGACUUGAGUUUGAGGUGUGGUUGGUUUGUUUGCAGAGAGACAUACUUUGACCGAGGAGCUGCAUCUCACGAUGAACCUGCUCAACCAGUUCCGACAUGAACACGUUUCCGUGCAGCAUCUGUGCAAUCGACCCUCUGUAGGUGAUUUGUUCGGCCUCUGAUCAAAGACAUCGCAUACGUCUGCACUUUAGUUUGGGUCAAAGUGAAGAGAAGCAACGGACGAUACUUCCUCUCCCGUCUCUGACAAAUAAUCUGAUUGUGAACAUUUAGUUUUUUUUUAAUCUUUUAAUCAACACUUUCCUCCGACAGCAACUUGAAAUGAUUUUUCAUUCACAGGCUGUGAAGACUUUAUUUACACUUUUCUGUUUUUACUCGUUUGUUUACCGACUUUGGGCAUUUUAUUCAGCUGGUGGGAGUUUUUUUUUCUGUCUGGGUUUUUCGGGCAAGAAGAAAGUUGACAGCACUUUUCUCGAGAGGAUUCGUCGAAGUCACAGAGUUCUGUGUUGUUGUCGUGGACUAACGACAAUAACGUGAAAAGGAGCAGACCUUCGUGGAAGAUGUGGAGCUGAGCUGCUGGAGGAUAUUUUUACUCUGUGGACGAACCUCCCACACCAAACCACAGACUGUGGAAUGGGCUCGUGGGUUUGACUCUUACUUUUCAGAGGGAGUUCUUCUCAAUCUGCUCUUCAGGAUCGGGCGAGCAAAUCGUAUUGUACGAAUCACAAGCACUAAACCCACAGAGUCUAGAAAUACAUCCUGGUUUACUGAUGUGUUUUUGUUCCUGUCGAGCUCUGUGUCGACAACUUGGCUGUUUCAGACGUUUGACAUUUUCCAAGUGUGUUAUUUAACUGUUGUCGCUGCAAAAGCAUGAAUGUGUGUGUGUGUGCGUGUGCGUGUGCGUGUGUCUGUGUGUCUGUGCAUGUGUGUGUGUGUGUGUUUGUGUGUGUGUGUGUCAGUGUGUACGUUUACGAUGUUUAACCCAGACUCCGGCCUCUGUAGUUCCCCUACAGUUACUUUUGAAGUUUAUUUUCACACAGAAAAACUCUGUGUGAAUAGUUUUUGUGAAUUUUGUUUACAGACUCCGGUUCCCUGUAGCUCCUCUACAGACUUUUUGAAGUAUCUAAUGGUGCAUAUAUAUAUAUAUAUACAGUAAAUAACUACAUUAUGAGGAAAUGUUUCUAAGAGUCUACACAUCUGCACAGAACAAGGACUUUUACAAUCAGUGCAUCUAUGUUUGGUGAACAGAUCAGUGUUCACAUGGCAGUUGCUGUUUUGCUAACAGCCUGGUCGACUUUCUGACUUUUGAAAUGUCCACAUUAUAUAUAAAUAUAUAAAUAUGCUCUAAUCUUAAUAUAUGUAAAGAUGAAUUAUUGUGAAUCAUUAAAUGAAACAGUAAAACGUC